AUGGCACGAGGUGGAGACUCGGAAGGAACGGUGGCUCUACCACGGCUAGAAGAUAUUCUGCGUCACCCUGAAGACCUGGACAAGAUCGCCGGACUGAGAGCGGAAUACUCGCGGAAGAAGGCAGCCGUCGAUUCACAGCUCCGAGAAGGCCUCCGGGAUCAAUUGGGGACAGUACAACGCAGCAUCAGCGCGUUAACCGAAGGCCAGCGCCAGGUUUCGAAGACGAAGGAUGAGCUCCAGGGAAUCGACAAACUAUGUGCGGAGUCGCAAUCCAGCGUCGAGGAUUUCUCCCAGAUUGAUCGACUUGCCAAAGUGCAGAGGAACUUCGAGGCGGUCUUGACGAUGAAGAAGGGACUGGAGAAUUUUAGUGAGAAUCUUGCUGAGGUUGAGAAUCUUCUAAGAGAGGAUGAUGAUGAUCUCGAGAACCAGCCGAAUUUGCUGCGAGCUCAUAUGCAGAUCUCUAAAUUGAGAGAUUUCCGAGACGAGGCGAUGGAUCAGAUACGAAAGGCCCAGGACCCGAGCAGCGAAGCCACGCUGGAGGAUUACUUCCAGGGUCUGGAUAGUGUUAUUGACUGGUUUGAUGAUCAUUUGGGAACUGCUUGUAUGAAUCUGAUCCCCCUUGUGCAGUCUGAUAACCCUAGCAUGGUUGUCCGGCUAGCUGUUGUUGUCAUGAACGAGGAAAAGAAAGAUGAAACGGUUCGUGCUUUGCAGGAAGCGCAGAAGGACCACCAGGAUCUGGCAGGCCGGUUCAAGUCGAUGAAUGUGGGCCCUAAAACGAUUAGGGGCUAUAAGGAAAAGUUUCUCCAAGCCAUUGAAUUCUACGCACAGGAUCAGUUUGAGAAUACUAAGGAGGAAUUCCUCGGCGAUCCAGAUAUCCUAGAGAAGAGUUUCCGAUGGUUCUUCAAUGAUCUCUUCUCUGUUAAGCAGGGCAUGCAGACAUUGAUGCCAAAGAAGUGGAAGAUUUACAAGACAUACACUGAUAUUUACCACCGGAUGAUGCAUGACUUUUUCGUGGAUCUGAUCAAUGACCCUGAGCUACCCCCAGAUAAUCUGCUUUCUAUAAUCCACUGGAGCGAGAAAUACUAUAAGAAGAUGAACAAACUCGGGUGGAAACAGACAGACCUGCGACCAAACAUUCUCGAUGAUCGUGAACCUGAGCUCAUUCGACAAUGGCAGAGCAUUAUCAUCAAAGCGGUCGAAGAGUGGAUGGAGAGGAUCACAGAGACCGAUAGGAAUGGCCUGGUGGAGCGGGUUCCUGACUCUCUGGACACUAAUGCAGAGGGCUACUUCCGCACCAAAACCCUUCCGGAUAUGUGGCGCAUGAUUCAUGAACAAAUCCAGGCAGCUACCGCCUCCUCUCGUACAGACCUGGUCGAAGGCAUUAUCGAUGCUAUGUUCCGAGUGCUCAAGGGACGUCAAACCGCUUGGCAAUCGCUCAUCGAAGAGGAGUGCGCCAAAUAUAAGGCGCCAGGCGGCGACCAGCUUGAUGGAUUGCAGCUGUUGCAGGAUUGGCUUGUUGCGGUGGCCAACGACCAGAUUGCUUGUAUCGAUGACAAUGAUGAAUCAGGACAACUGGGCUACCUGUCGAGGUUCAAGCGCGAUUUCGAGGCGCACGUCGACCCGAAAUACAUGGCGGCGCGAGCUAUACCAGAGCUGGACGCCCUUCGCGACGGCUACGUGGACCUAAGUACCUAUUGUCUUACUCAAUUCGUCGAAGUAGUUUUUGCGGUCGACUUCCGCUCUACUAUCCCCGAUUUCUUCACUCAGAAGUGGUAUGGCGACUUUGCCAUCAAGCGCAUCACUUCUACAUUCGAAGACUACAUGGCCGAUUAUUCCCCUGUCAUUCACCCAUCUCUAAUCGACAUAUUAGUUGAGGAACUCUCCGACGAACUCUUGGUUCGGUAUCUGUCGUCUGUGCGCAACCGCGGUGUCAAAUUCCGGCGACACGCUGAUCCAUACACGGACAAGUUCAAGGACGACGUUCUAACCGUUUUCGCCUUCUUUCAAAACUAUCCGGACUCAUUUGCCAGUACCAUCAAGCAGAAGUGGCGGCUCGUCGACUGGUUGGUUCGCCUGCUUGAAUCAGAGAAGGGUCCUGCCGUUGUUGCAGUCUAUGAGGACUUCAAAAUGGAAUACUGGGAUCUGCAGCUGACGUGGGUUGAGGCAGUGCUUAGGACAAGGGAUGACUUUGAGAGAAGCAUGAUCAGUGCUGUCAAGGCCAAAGCAGCAGAGUUGUCUGUGGAAAGAGGUAUGGAGACUCUUAUGAGCCGGAUGAGGUAG